CUCCCCCUCCGCCCCGCCCCCGCCCCCCUCGCUGCCACACCAUGCUCGCUCGGACUUCGCAGUUUGCCCGCUCGAUCCACCUGUCGGUCCUCCGGGCCCCGGCCACCACCGCGGCCCUUGGCCGGCGCUUCGAGUCGUCGCUGGCUGCGCCCAAGGCGGCCGAUGGCUCCGACGAGGAGGUUUUCGUCACGCACCUGCAGGGCGCCGACCAGGGCGUGGCCGUUCUGUCGAUGAACCGCCCGGCGGCCAAGAACGCCCUGAGCAAGAAGCUGCUGGCCGACAUUCGUGCCACUGUGGAUCGCCUGCGCUCGGACAGCUCUGUUCGCGUCCUCAUCCUUCGCUCCCAUGUGCCCGGGGCUUUUUGCGCCGGGGCCGACCUGAAGGAGCGCGCCACCAUGCCGGCCCACGAGGUGUCGGACUUCGUCCACGGCAUCCGGUCCCUCUUCAACGACAUUGAGAACCUCCCCUUCCCGACGAUCGCCUCGCUGGAUGGCGCCGCCUUCGGUGGUGGCCUCGAGAUGGCCCUGGCGUGUGACUUCCGCACGGCUGGCGCCGGCGCCCGUCUGGCCCUGAGCGAGACCAAGCUGGCCAUCAUUCCCGGCGCCGGCGGUACCCAGCGUCUUCCCCGGCUGGUGGGCAUGCACAUGGCCAAGAAGAUGAUCUUCACUGCCAGUCCGGUGAACGCCUCCACCGCCGAGUCCAUCGGUCUGGUCACCGAGGCCGGCGAGCAGGCAUACCCCCUGGCCCUGAACCUUGCCCGGCAGAUUCUGCCCCAGGGCCCCAUCGCCAUCCAGGCGGCCAAGGUUGCCAUCAGCAAGGGCGCCGGCACCGACCUGGCCACCGGCCUGGCCAUCGAGCAGGCCUGCUACCAUCGCGUCAUCCCGACCAAGGACCGCCUUGAGGGCCUGCAGGCCUUCCGCGAGAAGCGCGCCCCGGUCUACAAGGGCGAGUGAGUGCAUGUCCGCCGUCGCCGCCCCCGCCCCCGCCCCCCUCCG